AAAAUUAAAUCGGUCAUCGUCUGUUCAGGAGUGUCGCUUGGUGUAUCCUCUUGUUAUUCAAUUCACUUCCUGGGUCCAAAGUUCUGCUCUAUUUUAGUGUAUUUUAUUUUUAUUUUAAAUAACACUGUCUUUAGAAAAGAAAUGAAUCCUAUCGCACAAAUAUCACGCGCGACGCGCCCAAUUUUUAGGUCAGUUACUACUUCGGCACCUUUGGCAUCAGCAGCAAAACCUAUUCCCACAACUGGAUUUUGCUUUGAACUAAGCGAUGAGCAGAAAGCUUUACAAGAGUUAGCCAGAAAGUUCACCAGGGAAGAGAUUAUGCCGAUGUCCGCUCACUAUGAUAAGACUGGUGAAUAUCCUUGGCCCAUCGUAAAGAAGGCCUGGGAAAUAGGACUGAUGAAUUCACAUGUGCCAGUGCAUUGCGGCGGUCUAGGAAAUAUUGGAGUAUUCGACGAGUGCAUGAUUGCUGAAGAAAUGGCCUUUGGAUGUACUGGUAUCACAACAGCCGUUGGCGGUACCAACUUAGGACAAACUCCUGUGGUUAUUGCCGGCAACAAGGAGCAACAGAAAAAAUAUCUUGGCAGGCUGAUUGAGGAACCACUAGUCGCUGCUUACGGAGUAACGGAACCCGGUGCGGGAUCCGACGUCGCUGGAAUAAAGACCAAGGCCGAGAAGAAAGGAGACGAAUGGAUUCUGAACGGGCAAAAGAUGUGGAUCACCAACGGUGGUGUUGCCAAUUGGUACUUCGUAUUAGCACGCACGAACCCUGACCCCAAAUGUCCGGCCAGUAAAGCGUUUACCGGUUUCAUAGUUGAAAGAGAAUGGGCUGGAGUCACUCCAGGUCGCAAGGAACAAAACAUGGGUCAGCGCGCGUCAGACACUCGUGGAAUCACAUUUGAAGAUGUCCGCAUUCCCAAAGAGAAUGUGCUUUUAGGCGAGGGCGCCGGUUUUAAGAUCGCUAUGGGUGUUUUCGACAAAACUCGUCCACCGGUCGCCGCUGGAGCCACGGGUCUUGCCGCUCGUGCCCUCUAUGAGGCGACAAAAUACGCGCUGGAACGGAAGACUUUCGGUGUACCAAUUGCUUACCACCAGGGAGUGGCAUUCUUGCUAGCGGAUAUGGCAACCGGCGUGGAGACAGCCCGUUUGGCAUAUCAAAGAUCCGCCUGGAUGGUUGAUCACGGCCAAAAGAACACCACAAUAGCAUCAGUGGCGAAGCUUCAUGCCUCCGAAAUUGCGAAUAAAGCCGCUUCGGACGCCGUUCAAAUCUUCGGAGGCAAUGGGUUCAACACCGAAUAUCCCGUAGAAAAACUCAUGAGGGACGCCAAGAUCUACCAAAUCUAUGAGGGCACCUCCCAGAUUCAAAGAGUGAUCAUCUCUAGAGAACUCCUUGACGCUGCGAAGCAGACUAACGCAUAAUAGCAUUUUUUUAUAAACAUUUAUAUGGUAUCCUUGAAAGGUUUUGUAAUAAUAAACAAUUACUUGGUGUUAUAAGAAUGGAAGACUACUAUUUUUAAAUGUUGGCAAUAAAAUUUUGUUUUACAAUUUG